AUGUUGGUCGUUAUAUUAAUAUGUAUAAUAGCAGUUGCUCUUUACAUAAAAUUCAGAUAUUCGCGUGUUGCUUUGUAUAAGUUCGCUGAAACUUGGCCCACUUAUGGUGAUCUGCCCAUUUUGGGACAUACCCACUGGUUUAUUGGAGGACCUGAAAGAAUAUUUAACAAUAUACGCACUUUGAUGGAUGCAAUUAAUGCCGAAGGGAAGACUGUAAGCUCGGUGUGGAUUGGCCCGUCUUUGUACAUGGUGUCAUUCAAUCCAGACGACGUGCAGAAGAUUUUGGAGACUUGUCUCGAAAAGGAUUACAGUUAUAAGUUCCUUCAAACUUGGCUUGGAAAUGGAUUAUUUGUUGCACCAAUUGACUUAUGGAAGGUUCAUAGAAGACUGAUGCUCCCGAUAUUUCACAACCGUAUCAUUGAGGAUUACAUAGAAGUUUUCGGGGAACAGGGUAAUGUCCUUGUGGAGAGAUUACAGGAACAAGUCGGCAAGCCGUCCUUCGACGUCUAUGAGUACAUAACUUCAUGUAUGCUGGACAUCGUUUUUGAAACGUCUAUGGGUAAGAAAAUGGACGUCCAACACAAUCCCGACACCCCGUACCUGCGCGCGCGCAAGACAGUGAUGUCAAUCAUCAACAUGCGACUGUUCAAGGCGUGGUUGCAGCCAGACGUACUCUUUAAUUUGACGUCUCAUGCCACGGUGCAGAAAGAAAAUAUUGACGCCACUCAUAAGUUCACUGAUGAGGUUAUACGGGACAAGAUUGCUGACUUUGAUGAAGAGAAUUACAAAGAAGGCCGAAAAGACAUAUUACAACUGCUAUUGGAGAGAAAGUUAGCGUUCAGUAAUAUAGAGCUACGGGAACACAUAGACUCGAUCACUAUAGCGGGAAACGACACCACAGCGCUGGUGAUUUCUUAUGUUUUACUAUUAUUGGGAGAACAUCAAGAUGUACAAGAAGAAGUAUAUAAAGAAUUGAAAAUGAUUUUUGGUGAUUCUCAAAGAAGGCCAACCAAAGAGGAUAUAACAAAGAUGGAUUAUUUAGACAGAGUUAUCCGGGAAACAAUGCGAUUAUACACAGUUGUACCUAUAAUUGGACGAAAAACUCAGAAAGAAUUAAAACUUUCAACGUGCACAGUUCCGGCUGGCGUUGGUUGUGUCGUGGUACCCAUGGUGUUGCAUCGUUCCAAGAAACUUUGGGGUCCUGACGCUGACAGUUUCAAUCCAGACCGAUUUCUUCCAGAAAACAGCACGGACAGACAUCCAUGUGCAUAUAUACCUUUUAGUUAUGGUACUAGGAACUGUAUAGGUCGAUACUUCGGAAUGCUCGCAAUGAAAAGUAUCCUCGCCAAUAUAUUAAGAAGUUACAAAGUUACAUCACAAGCGUUUGAUCGGCUCAAGAUUGAGAUUCUACUCUUCCCAGUCAAUGGUCAUCAAAUAACUUUAGAAAAACGACUGUAA